UUUCUUCUCUUUCUUGCACCGCCUUUGAUUCAGACGUAUUGUGGUUUGAUCUGUAUUUUCUCUUGACAAUUCCAUGUUCAGACGACUCGGUCAGGUCGCUCGACAUAUUUCACGCCCGCUCCCAAACUACGCGCACGCAGCUGCAGCGAGCCGAGCGUCGUCGAUAACGUCAUCAAUCAUGACUUCGACACAGCAGAAAGGCCUGAUCCACACGGCCGCCUGUUUGAUUAUUGGAGAUGAGGUGCUGGGGGGCAAGACGGUUGAUACAAAUUCGGCCUAUUUUGCCAAAUUUUGUUUCUCACUCGGCAUCAAUCUCCGCCGCGUGGAGGUCAUUGCGGAUGAUGAGAGUGAGAUUGUCGAGGCGGUCACACGCAUGUCCAAGAACUAUGAUAUGGUUGUCACGUCAGGAGGAAUUGGACCCACACACGACGACAUUACUUACCAGUCCAUAGCCAGGGCUUUUGGCUUGCAAUUGAAGCUGCACGACGCGGCCUUUGAGCGCAUGAAGCGUCUCUCCAAGCCGCACAAGUCGCAGGAGAACUUUGACUGGAACGUACCCUCUGCAGCGCUCACGGCGAAGUUGCGCAUGGUCGAGCUGCCCAUAGACGAUGCGGUACCUGAUGAGGAUCAAGUCAUUUUUGUGAACGAAACGCUCUGGGUGCCAGUCAGUUGUGUGAAUGGCAACAUCCACAUCCUGCCUGGCGUGCCGAGGCUGUUCGAGGCCAUGCUUGACGGACUGAAGCCCCGCGUGCUACCACGGCUGUCGGAUCCAGAGGGCAAAGGCGUGCUACGAAUCCUUAUCUCGACCCCUCUAGCUGAGAGUGCAGUUGCGGGGUACCUGACGGAGCUGGCAGCCAAGGCAGAGCCCAAGGGCGUCAAGGUGGGCAGCUACCCGCGCUGGGGCAAAGAUCGCAACACGGUGACGCUCGUUGGUCGCGAUCGCGAGUUCAUGGAGAGUCUUGUGCCUGAAGUGGAGGCGGCGGUUCAGGGGCGGCGCGUAGCGGUCGAAGGAGAGGACGACGGAAACACGUCUGACAAAGACACGUAGUCGGCAGGAUGGUGUGUUGGCAUGUAGGUUUUUGGACGAAUUUCAAUGUGCAUAUUGUCGACGGCGACGUGUCGUUGCGACACAACAUGAAGAUGGGUCGGCGUGCAGGGCCGGCAUGCAAGCUUCUCGAAGCUCUGCAGAAGGCAGUCUUGUCCCACCCGAGCAAGUGUGCCGAGGCAGCGUGAAGGCCCGAUAAGGCAAUUCAACAGUGGAAAAAAGGCUUUGUCU